UAUUCCACUUACAUCGAAUGCAAGGAAAAAAAAAAAACAAUACUGUAAAGAACGUAGCUUCGUAUUUGCCCUUUUUGUUUUCCAUAAAAGCAGCAGUGCAAAUCCCAAUCUAGAAAAAUAAAAAUCUUUCUGUCCUCGUCUUUGUAUCAAUCUGGCGAAUUGCGUCAUCGUUUAGCAUCAUCCGGCAAGGCUUUCCUUUUUUCUCGGUUCGUUUCCGGCGAGGGUUCUCCAGUUAGGAUUUUGCGGUGAAUUACGAGGGAUGGUGCGUUUUGGAAUUUAGGGUUUUUAUUCUCUUGGUUGGAUGGAACCGGGCAUGAGAUCCGAUGGCCCUUCUGGGGCUUUGGUGAAGAACAAGAGAUCUUCAGGGUGUUUGGUUGUUAGGAAGAAAGGUGAUGGAUUGAGUGGUGGGGUUGGUAGUUCUUUCAGCUCCAGGAAGUUGAAUGCAUCAAAGAAAGGGAAGAAGAGGCCCAAGGUUGAGUUAAGUAGUAGCGAUUCGGAAUCGAGUCAGGAGCUAUUGAUGCCACCUUCUAGAGGGCUUGGUCCUGAGACCAUUCGAGUAUGCAAUGGUUUGACAGCUGUUAAGCGGGACGAGGCUGGUGAUGGUGGAACUGGAAGGAAGCGGGAGAGGUUUGAGGACGUUAGUCAUAACGGUGAUGAGAUGGGGGAGGGAAAUGGUUCAGAGAGGAGGGAAAAGAAACUUAGUAAGAUUGAUGUGUUUGAUUUCGAUGAAUACGAUGCUAUGGAUGCAGACAUGAUGAGAAGGAGCCAUGUAGAUAGCAAUGGGGGCGGCUUUGGAGGGGAAAGGCUUGGGGGAGCAAUGCAUGCUGCCAGAGGUGGCACUGAUAGGGAAUUCAAAACUGGUUCAAGCAGACACACCCUUAAUAAGAGAAAGAACUCCCAUUGUGAUAAGGCAAGUCACUUGCACCCAAGAGAUAGUAAAUUAAAGAAGUGGGAUGCAGCUCAGCAUCCUCAGCCCAUGCCGAAGGAGAAGUUUAAGUCUGAUGAAUCCAUUAGGGUUCAAGGGAAAAAUGGUGUUUUAAAGGUGAUGGUUAAUAAGAAGAUGUGUAAGCCAUCAAAGCACGUUGAUAAUCGCAAACAUGUAGAAGGGCAACGAAGUUUGAGGGCUGAGGGCAUUGCCAAGAAGAAUGUUCUGAUCCAUCCUUCAUCUUGCUUGGAAAAAAGCCCUGUUAAGAAACAAGGUUUACAUGCUAGGACAGAGAAGAAAUUGGCAGCAAGAAGAAAAUCUUUGUCAAGUAACGACAGUAAGGGUGAUGACCAGGAUUCAGAUAACAGUGGCACAUCAUUGAAUGUGGGAGUGAAGUGCAUUAAAGCUUUCAAGUCUUUAAAGAGGGGGACCUCGGACGAUGAACAGACUCCUAAGCAUGAAAAGACCCCAACCACAGCAGGAACUAAAAAGGAGAAAAUAAAGCAUGAAAAGACCCCAACUACAGCAGGAACUAAAAAGGAGAAAAUAAGGCGUGGUAGUGGCACAGAAAAGCAGAAGCUACGAGAACAGAUACGGGAGAUGCUUCUUAAUGCAGGUUGGACCAUAGACUAUCGUCCUCGGAGGAAGAGAGACUAUCUUGAUGCAGUUUACAUUAAUCCUGGGGGUACAGCCUAUUGGUCCAUCAUCAAGGCCUAUGAGGCGCUUCAGAAGCAAUUGAGUGCUGACGACCCUGGGGCCAAGCCCAAAGGGGAGUGCUCUUCUUUUGCUCGUAUCAGAGAUGAUGUGCUUAGUCAGUUAACAAGGAAUACUCAGAAGAAGAUGGAGAGAGAACUAAAGAAGAAGAAGAAGAAACAGAAGAAGGAAAGAGAUGAUAGUGAGAGUGAUAGUGGAAAAGAACCUCGCAUUAGGAGAUCUUUAAGCAACAAGCGUGAUAUGAAUGGCAUGGAAAGUGAUAGUGAUGAAGAGAAAUUAAGCUCCUUUUUAAAGCGGGGGUGUAAGUCGAUGAAAAAUAAAAUGAUUGAAAAUACUGUUAACAGUUGUAGAUCUACAAGCAAGAAAGUUGACCUUCACACAAAUGAAGGAACUGAAAAAUCACUUUUAGGAAAUGAUCCUCAUCAACUACAUGGGAGGAAAAGUAAGAAACAUGGAAGGUGCACUUUAUUGGUUCGUAAUUCCAACAUAGGGUCAAAUUCAGAUUCUGAUGACUAUGUUCCAUAUAUGGGCAAACGAACGGUGCUUUCCUGGUUGAUUGACUCUGGAGCUGUACAGUUAAGCCAAAAGGUUCAGUAUCGUAGAAGGAAACGUGUAAUGCAGGAGGGAUGGGUCACCAGGGAUGGGAUUCACUGUAGUUGCUGUAGUAAAAUACUCACUGUUUCCAAGUUUGGGCUUCAUGCAGGAAGUAAAUUGCGCCAGCCAUAUCAAAACAUAUAUUUGGAUUCUGGAGAUUCUCUUCUACAGUGCCAGAUAGAUGCAUGGAAUAAACAAGAGAAUUCUGAGAAAAUUGCUUUCCAUGCAGUAGAUAUUGAUGGUAAUGAUCCAAAUGAUGAUACUUGUGGUAUAUGUGGAGAUGGAGGGGAUUUGAUCUGUUGUGAUGGUUGUCCAUCAACGUUUCAUCUGAGUUGCUUGAAUAUACAGAUGCUCCCCCCCGGUGAAUGGCAUUGUCCGAAUUGCACAUGCAAAUUUUGUGGAGUAGUCCGUGGUCCUGUAAACAAAGAAGAUGAAUCAACUUUAAAUGCCCUACAUAGAUGCAACUUAUGCGAUAAAAAAUUUCAUGAAUGUUGUGCUAAGGAGAUGAAAACCCUUCCUACUAACUCCGAUAUGUCAAGCCCUUCCUUUUGCGGAAGGGACUGCAAAGAGCUUUCUGAGCACUUGAAGAAAUACCUUGGUACCAGGCAUGAAAUAGAUGGAGGCUUCACAUGGUCUCUCAUUCAUAGAACAGAAGAUGACUCGGAGGCAUCUAGUAGGGGAAUUAUGCAGAGGGUUGAAUGGAACUCCAAGCUAGCAGUUGCACUGACUGUGAUGGAUGAAUGCUUUUUGCCAGUUAUUGAUAGGAGAAGUGGGGUCAAUUUAAUACAUAAUGUUUUAUAUAAUAGUGGGUCAAACUUCAGCCGGUUGAAUUACACUGGCUUUUAUACUGCGAUUUUGGAGCAAGGCGAUGAAAUAAUUUCUGCAGCUUCUAUCAGGUUCCAUGGGACCAAGUUAGCAGAGAUGCCAUUCAUUGGAACUCGCCAUAUGUAUAGGCAUCAGGGGAUGUUGCGCAGGCUUUUUUCUGCCAUUGAAUUGGCCCUUUGCUCUCUGAAGGUUGAGAAAUUGGUUAUUCCAGCAAUCUCUGAACUGAUUCAUACAUGGACAACAGUUUUUGGCUUCAUGCAUCUUGAGGAAUCACUCAGACAGGAAAUGAGGUCAUUGAAUAUGUUGGUCUUCCCUGGUAUAGAUAUGUUGGAGAAAGUGCUAGCCAAACAAGGAAAACUUGAUGGUGUUGAGAAAAUGGAAACUAGAGAUGAAUUUGUUACUAAGCCUAAUAUGGCUGGUAAGUUGGAUAUGAAUUCCUCAGCUCUGGAAGAUCCUGAACGAAGUGAUCAUGCUAAUUCAAAUCCUGACAAUGAGAUAAACGACGACUCUAGUGAUGCUUCUCAAGAACAGGAUAAUCACAUUUUGGUUGACAGCACCAAAUCUCAUUCUGCAGAUAGAUCAUCUGAUUUUGUUUCAAAUAAAUGUGUUUCUCCUUCUAGUACCAGGGAUGAUGUGCUAGAAACAAACAAUAAAACAGUGACAGCUUUUCCUGGUAAUAAUAAAUUGCAUCCCUCUGUGAAAUGUCAAAAUCACACUUCUUUGAGCAGUCCUCCAUUAGUUUCUCCAUCUCCAGAUUGCCAUGAACUUGCUGCUUUGUAUUCGGUGAAUGUAUGUUCGGACCCUGAUUCUGCGAAAAAUCUGGCACAACCUGUUUCUGAUGGACAAUGUCACACGCACACUGAUGACGUUAAUCCAGGGUUGGAUUCUCAAGUGGGAGAUAAUGCUUUGUCUUCUAAAGAGGUUGAUAUGAAUGAUGCCCGUGAUGAGGUUCUUGAAGGUGAUCAAUCAGUGAAUUUAUCUCAGGGUAAAAUUACGAAGGAGAAAAAUGAAGUCGUGGAUGUGUCUGGUUUUGUUCCCAAUCAUGCUGAUGAGAGUUCUUUGCAAGUGAAAUCUGAUUUGAAGGAUGAAAUUGUAUUAGAGGGAGAAAAGAAUUUGGACAAAGAGGUUGCAUCACGUGAAAUGUGUGUGGAUGAAACUAGCCCAAGGGCAUCUGGUGCUAGUUCUGAAACUGAUCCAGCUUAAAACAUUGAUCUAGUCUGGUGCUGCUGAUGUUUUGAGUCUACUACUGCCCAUGCCACUAAUCUCACAGGUUUUCUUCAAAAGAUUCAAUGCCUUGUAAGCAAUCAGUUUUCAAGGCUGAAUAGCUUCUCUAUUGAUUCAAGGGACAGAUAAAAUAAAUUGAUCCUUGUAUCAACAAGUACGAACUAAUUAAGGUUCCAAGUUGACCUCAUCUCAUGUCAAUUAUCCUUUUGCCAUAAUGCUUCAAGGAGCUGUUUGCACAGGAUGUGUGCUUUUAGCUGAAGAGGCGUGUCAAUCAAAUGGUUGAGGUUGCCGACCUGUAAUAUGCGAUGAUCCUCUGUACACCUGCAGAUCCUUUGUAGAUGAUUAUGAUUCACAACAUUUAUAUCUGAUGUCUGAGUCCGUAGGAGUUUAUUAGUCUUCCUUCUCAACCUUUGUGUGGCAUUCACAAUUUGCUCACAUGACAUUGUCAGUUGGAGAUACCUAGACUAGGUUUUGGUUUUGGUUGGCAGCAUUUUUUAUUGACUUGUCUUCAUUUUGAUGGGCCAUUUACUGAAAGCAAGACACCAAAAGUUCUUUUUCCAAUCCACAGCACCUUCUGCUCAUUUGUUUGAUCCAUGUCUGCCCAAGUUCCUCAUCCAGAAAUUUUGUCUAUAUGUUCCUCAAAAGGUCUGUGCAAUUCAAAAUGAAGACUUAAAUGGGAUUUUCGUAUAAAACACGAACUUUAUCCUUUUGUGUACUGUGUUGCUGUAGAUAACAUCCUCUGACUGUAUGAUGUUAAGAAGUUUCUUAGCAAAGGGGAUGUUUGGAUGGGUUGGGAAGGUUUUGUUUUUUGUUCUUUUUUCUUUCUGUAACCAAUGUAAGGUUGAUGUUUGAUGUAGAAUUAUAUUGUUGUAACACUUUUAUGGUCGUUUAGGAUAGUAGCUCCUUCCUCAUUUUGAGAGCUUUUAUGUACAUUAUUGUUGCUCAAGAGCUGGUGGAAUUUUGAAAUGAACAUGCUGCAGCUGCAAGUGCCAAUUUUGUGGUAUGGA